GAGUGCUUGCACGUGAUUGUCUGUGACCCUCCGUCUCCGCUCAAGUGCAUGAGCGUGGGCCGGUCCAUGGCCCCUGGCGCCUCCACGAGCCUGGCGGUGGGCGCCGCGGUCGGCGCUCCGGCGGCGUGGGCUGGGCUGCGCCUUCUGGGAGCCUGGCUGGGGACGCUGAUCGCGGCCUCGACCACCUGCCCAGCCUGCGUCUGCCAGGCGCCCUCGGCGCCGCCGCCGCCGCCGCCGCCGCCGCCGCCGCCGCCGCCCGUGGCGGCAGGCAUCGCGGCCGCGGUGGUGGAGGAGCUUGGGCCCUGGCUCGCGAACGUCUCGCCCGCUCCGGCGAUCUGCCCGAGCGCGGAGGCGGCGGCGGCGGCGGUGCUGGAGCGCCUGCCGCCGUCGCCCGGGCCCGCGGGGCCCCCGCGGGCGGCUUCGCCGCCCGAGGCCGGCCCGGCCGUGGAGGAGCAGCAGAGCGCUGUGACGCUGGUGGGUGCGGGCUGCGCUGUGGGAGAGCUAGUGCUUCUAGUCGUGUGCUGCCUGUGGCGGAGUGGUGCGCUGAGCUGCGCCCAGGGCUCCGCGGGGCUGUGGUACCGACGGGACACGGUGUGGCAUGAGCGCCUGCUGCUGUACCCAGCGGGCGGCACCUACUUGUGGGUGCUGACGCCGGAUGAUGACGUCUACGUCGAGAACAUCGCGGGGGUGACUGGGGACGGAUGUUCACGAGCCUUUGCGUGCACGCCAGACGAGACGCCACCGGCGGUGGCCCAUGGGAGCUUCUACCGCUUCCGAGCCCCCGUGUCGCCCGCCCGGCUCAGAGCCCUCAUCCUCGAAGCCAGGACUGAGCAGGGGGCGCGCGCGAGUGCGCCGCUGGAGGGCCCCGCCGUGUUCUACAGCUGGGGCGGCGCUCGCACGGCCUUUUCGGGGCUACGCCGCCGCCUCCCGCUGCGCGGCGCCGCGGGGGAACCCGACGGGGCGGCGACCCCGCCGCUGGCGCCCGACGGCGAGGCAGCCCCCUUGGCCGACGCCGCGUCUGACUUUCCUCCAGCGACAGCCGCCGACUACGAGGCCCCGGAGGGCUGCGUCUGGAUGGUGGCCACCUUGGGCCCAAAGCCGAUCGGCCUGGAGAUCGAGUUGGCAGCGGGCGACGUGCGGCUGGACCGUGGCCACGCGAUGAUGCAGUUGGCGAGCGGCUGGCAGCUCUUGGAGGCGGUCAGACGGGACGACCGUGACGACUUCCGCCGCCGCAAGGCCAAGGAGGUGACCGAGCAGAUGAAGGCGGACCUCGGGCUACCUGGGGCGCCAUUGCCUGGAGGUGCCGUGGCAGCGGCGGCAGAGGCCCCAGAGGCCACCGAGGAGCGCGACCUGCGCGACCGUCUGGGCGUGCCGCCCGCCAUCGAGAACGGGCCGCUCGCCGAGGCGGAGGGCAUCAGGACGUUGUGCGUGCAGCACGACGAUCAUGGAGAGCGACGCAAGCCAUGGCGCGAGGUCGUCGAGGAGGUGAAACGAUACACGUUCAAGGACUGGCCGCUGGACGACGGGCUCUCCACGGCCGAACGCAUGAUCAAGACGUGGGACAAGAGCGACGGCAACCCACUGCUGUGGAGCUACCUAGAGAUGAAGUGCCUGCUGAGCGCCAUCUACUACGCGGGCACCUACGUCCAGGUGAAUCUGGCGAGCAUGGCGAGCAUCGAGGCCUACUCAGGUGACCCUAGCAGGGGACCAAAGUGGGCUGGCCUUAAGCACUUCAUGGGCACCACCAGCCCCCUCGACAUCGUCGACCCGACGCUGCGCACCGCGGUCGUCCGGAAGAACAAGGAGGAGAUGGAACUGGAGAGCUGGAAGAUGCGUGCCGCCGGCGUGCCGCCGCCAAGUCCGCUGGCGGCCGCGGCGGGGGGGGGCUCCCCGACGGCGGCGGCGGCAGCGCGGGCCGCGGUGUCGAGGGCGGCAGCGGCGGGCGCGGCGGCCGCCGGGGCCGCAAGGGCGACAAGGGGGCAGGACGUGGCGGUGGGCGCGGGAGGCAGGCUUGCCAGGUGGGUCCGUUGCGACUUCAACGAUGCGGUGGGCGCCUUGAAUUGGUUUGCGAACCGACAGCACACCGGCGCCAAGCCGAAUUUUGACCAGCAGAGGGUGCACGCGCGGAUCCUCGACCUCGUGGCGGACAGCAUGCCGCCCCAGGAGACCGCGAUCCCCUCGCCGCGGGCGGCCUUCAACGAGCUGCUUCACGGCCAGAGUGUCUACGACGAGUCGGCCGGACGGAACAUCGGACGUCUUCGCAAUGUGGGGCAGAUAUCUUUGCCUAAGACCGCGGUGGAGGGACCGCGGCUGAUGGGGAUCGCACCUGCCCAUGCACGCCAGUACCUCGAGGACGGUUAUUCUCGGAGGCUGUACAUACGUUUCAUCAGGCUGCUCAGAUCGAAGGGGGUGCUUGUCUUCUUGGACGAGUCCGAGCGGCGCGAGGGGGUCAGAGUUUUCCUCGUUGCCAAGAAGAGCGACCAGCUCUGCAUGAUCGUGGACGCGCGGAAGAGCAACCUCCACUUCACUUCCCCUCCGGGCGUGGCCCUAGUUACCGCUGAGGGGCUCGCGAGGGUGGAGGUGGAGCUCGACGGCAGCAGCGUGACCGGUGCGGCGGAGGGUUUCACGUUGGGGACGUCCGACAUCAGCGACGCCUUCCACCGCUUCCGCAUCGACCGCGAGCUGUCGGGCUGCCUCUGCAUGCGGCCGGUGCUCGCCGGAGAGGUGGGGCUGGCCGGCGCGACGCUGGCCGGCCGUCGUCUGGAGGCCGACGUCCGGCUGGUGCCGGCAUGCGCUGCGCUGCCCAUGGGCUUCACCUGGCCGCUGGACCAUGGCGGAGGAGCGCAGUGCACCUACGUCGACAACCUGGGCGUCCUGGGCUUUGACGCCGCCGCGGUGGCGGAGUGCCUGGGCGCCACCACGACCCGGUUCAAUCAGGCCGGGCUCGUGACCCACGAGACGGAGCUCCAGGAGGGCCGCGGGGAGACGCUGGGCUGCGUGCUGGACGGCAAGGCGCUGAGCACCCGCCUCACGGCGAAGCGCUACUGGCGCGUGAGGCAGGGGCUCAGCUGGGUGGUGAUCGGGCAUUGCGCGUACUGCGCCAUGUGCAACCGCGACCUGUUGCUUGCGUUCACCGCCGUCUACAAGUUCAUCGCGGCGAACUAUAGUCAGGGCGCCGCGCUGUGGGCUAGCGCCCGCGCGGAGCUCCUGGCCUUCCGAGGGCUGAUGCCGCUUCUGCGCGGCGACUGGGCCCUCCCCAUGAGCAAGUUGGUGUGCCUGUCCGACGCCUCGGUGAAGAAGAUCGGGCGGGUGCAGGAGCGAUCUCGCUUCCGGCGCAUGGGCGGCCACUCGGCGCGUGCCCACUUCUUCGCCAUGAAUGGGAUUGCCAUGACCCUCGGCAGGGCCCUCAAGCCAGUUGCUGAGCUGGAAGAGGGAGACGUUGUCGCGGACGAUGCCGAGUGGGGUGUGGAUCCAGCUUUCGAGGAGAUGCCGGCGGGGAUCUUCGUGGGCGCCCGCUGGACUGAGCUAGUCGCCCGCGGGUGGCAUAAUACCACGGAGGAUAUCUUGGUAUACGAGUCUCGUGCUCUGCUUCGAGCGGUUGAGAUGCAAUGUAGCCUGUCGCCGAGUGUCGGCGAGCACCUCGACGUGAUGAGUGACAACAUGCCUGCAGUAUUCUGUUUCGAGAGAAGGAGAGCGAACAACUAUGUCGUCUUGUCCUGCAUCAGAAGGGCUGUGGCGCUAUGCCUGGCCCUGAACAAGCGAUGGGUGACAACGACGGCGGUAGAGCAGUACAUCGUACGGUUACUCAACAUGAAGCGGAGCAUCGUAGAGCACAUUGGCAUCAUCAUAAAGCACAUGAGCGCCAUGGUACAGCACAUGAAGCGGAACAUCAUAGAGCACAUGAAGCAGAGCAUCACAGAGCGCAUGAACCGCGGGGCGCCCGGGGCUCGGCGUGUGCUGAUGUGUCAGCGCCAGCGGCGACUGCGGCCAGACAGCGUCGACGGCGCGCCCGCGCCCGAGAGGCCCGAGUGGCGUGCCAGACGCUCGCGGGCCUUGUCGCCGAGUGCGCUGCCCCUGCCGCUGGUCCCGCCGCCGGGGGCAGCCUCCGUGCUGCAGCGGCGCCGGGCGCUGGUGCCCCCGCCGGGCCUGGCGGCGCGGCUGCUGAGGCCGCCGCCGAUCGCGCGGGCAGAGAUCGGGGAGAGCGACGCCACGACCAACCCAGUGGACGAGAAGGAGGCGUCAAGCCCGCUCGUCGUGGACAGCGUGGUGGGCGCUGCACCCGUGCACUACGCAAACGGGCUGCCCGAGGAGAAGCACAGGGCGAACCGUGGCAAUGUCCUGCUGUCGGCCCUCCUGCACUUCCAGCCGCAGUAUGGCAAGCUUGGCAUCUCGCGCCUCCCCCGGGCCUGGCGCGCCCUGAAAGGGUGGCAGCGCCUUUGUGGGAGGCGCUCGCGCAACGCAGUCGUGAGGGCGAGUUGGCCAGCGGUGAUCUGGGACCUUUGUUGCAGGGGGCUCUACCCGAUGGGGCUCCACGUGUCGGGGAACAUCGUGAUGCGUCGCAGACCCAGCGAGCCCUUGGCCAUCCAGCGCCGCGACCUGGCCGAGCCAGUGAAGGGCGGCGUGGACGAGUGGUUUCUGAUCCUGUCCCCAGGCCGCCGAGGCGCCACCCGCAAGAACCAGGUGCAGGACGAAGGCGUCCGCCUGGCCAACAAGCUGUGCCCAUGGCUGCCGCGAGUGGCCUCACCGCUUGCGCCCAGUACCCCAGAGUCCAGGGUGUCCCCGCCCAGCCAUCUAGAGCUGGUAGCCGAGCCCAACCGCGCACGAGCAGGGCUGGGGCACAACUCGCCGGUACGCUACCAGGGGCGCCACGCGGGGGCGUCGGUGACGGCCGACGCCCAGCUCGAGGCGCUCUCCUUCGGCCGCGUGGCCGCCCAGUCCUUCGUGCCUCGGUAA